AUGCGUUAUCAUUUUUUGCUAUGGGCUACAGCUCUGGGGUUCAGAUCUGUGCUAGCAGAACUAGGUUAUUCUUCUUCUCCUUUACAUAAGAGACAGGAUUCUUGUGACGGUUCCAAAGAGCCUGAUAUUGCCCCAAAUUGCGACGAGUGUAUUAUCGCAUACCCAGGUGAUACCUGUGAGGUAUUGGCUGAUAUCGGAUUUAUCAGUGUAGAUCAAAUAAAGGCUUAUAAUCCUGCACUGGAACGCGAUUGUUCGGAUGUCGAGCCUUACUGGCGUUAUUGCAUACACACCGGUAUCAUAGCUUCCACGACCACUACAACCAAGACUAGUAGUAGUGUGACCUCCACGACUCAAGUGUCGACUAACACGCUUAGCACUCCUUCUCCUCUGAUUACUGGAGGGGUCGUCCCUAAUUGUGAUUGGUUCUACAAGACACCCGUUGCAGGAUACAACUGUGGGAUUGUUGUAUCAGCAAAUAAUGGACCACUAAAUGUCCCUGGUCUCAGCAUUAAGAACCUAGAGGAUUGGAACUACGGGAUUGCUCCUUUUUGCGAGGCCAAUUUAGCAUUGCCCAGUAACGUAUAUGUCUGCAUCCGCACGAUCGGCUAUAAGCCGCCAACUACCACCACCACCACAACAGCAAGCUCGAGUACUACUCCAUCGAGCACUACCACUGGGCUACCUGCAGGGUUCAGCACAGACUACCCAGUCCAAAUUCUUGCGGGUCAGGUACAUGACUGUAAUACCUGGUAUCUUGUCGCGACUGGAGAUACAAUAAACUCGAUUUACUCUAAGGCGCCAACAAUUGUUUUCCCUCCUCAUCUCCUAGCCUGGAACCCUACCUUGGGACCAAGCGGUACUGGGCUUACUGUUGGUACGUGGGUCUGCGUUAGUAGAGAUGGCACCAAUCCACACGCCACAAUGCCUACUACAACCACAACUACGACCACUACCACUACCAAAACUACAACAACCUCAGUCAAGACUACUACCAAAGCUACCACCACACCUACAAAGACCACUACUACGACAAAGACUACCACAGCUUUGACUCAUCCUAUUUACCAACCAUCGCAGUUCCCAAUGACAAAAACAGUUGGGUGCAUCUCAGCCUCUAACCAAGACCCUACUCCUAUCAGUUUCUACGCCGGAGAUGGGCUGUAUACUGCCAUCUCUAGCGCUUGUAAAACACUAGUAGGUACUAGUGCGAAGUAUCUAGAGACUGGUCUACCAUACGUCUCACCGCAACUCCCCAAUGGCAAGCCCGUCCUGAUCGAUCUUCAGAUCCGCAAGGGUGGGUUCAGUGUUACAAACGCGAUGUGUUAUGACCAGUUAGUUCUGGUUUUGAGAGGUUGCAGGUCUGGUGACCCUUCGAGAACCUUUGGAGGUUGUUCUUAUACUUCGGAUUAUAAUUUGGAAGCAUGUAUUUUCCCAGACCAUUGA